CUAGGUGAUAUUUGUCUCUUGUUGGCUUCGUUGUACUUUGGUAGGGAUUUGAUAUCGAAGAUUUUCCUGGACGGUGUUGGAUGACGACUGUCUCCGCCCUGCCAUACUACUUGGAUUGUCCAAAGAAUGUGAACAAGUUGAAGGAUUAUGCUGGAAGGGCACUUAAGCUAUACAAUGAUAGUAAUGGCACCAGCUAUGAGGUUGAUGAGAUUUUGAAGGUGAAUGGAGGUGGUUGUCGUGCUUUUAUUUUCUAUAUUACCUUUUCUGUCAAAAAUGGCAUGGACAACAUUUUUCAAGCAAAGGUGUCAGAAGAUAUAGGUUAUCAUUUGGAGUUUCCUAUCGUCAGGCCAAAGCAUAAGGUUGUUGGUAAAAGUUGCUGUCAGAACCGUUAGAUAGUCGUUUGUGUUUCUUUUAAUGUUCUUAGCGAGUUUGUGUUUCUUCUGAUGUUUCCAAUAUGUUAAUAUAUCAAUGUUGAGUCUUGGUAGAACUAUGUUUAGUUUAUGUCAUUCCCAAAUGUGCACUUGUUUGUACAAGGAGAACCUUAUGGCAGCUUUUAUAAAGCUCGAUUUUUAUUUGACUGCAUUUUGAAAUUGACAGUAUAUCGAACAUUUCCAAA